AUGUUCUUGCAGUCUCUCCUCGCAUUUGCAGCUCUGGUAGCGGCUUCUCCCAUUACCCCUGUGGACGAGUACGCAGCAUUGAUCGAGCAAAGAGAUGACAUCUCGGUACAGGAUUAUAGCAGUCUCAAAUUCUAUGUGCAACACGCCGCUGCGGCAUACUGCAACUUCAACACGCCCCCUGGCCAACCCAUCGUCUGCCAGAAUUCCGCAUGUCCCCUUGUUCAGCAGGAUCAGCCAACCGUCGUCGCCUCCUUUGUCGGCCAGUUCACAGGAAUAGGGGCCUACGUGGCGGUAGACAAUGCCCGCCAGGAGAUCGUCCUGUCCGUCCGCGGGAGCAACAACAUCCGCAACUUCAUCACAGACUUGAUCUUUGCCUGGCAAGCCUGCGACUUUGCCGGAAACUGCAGAGUCCACACCGGCUUCGCCGAGAGCUGGAAGGAGAUUCAGGACGCCGCCAGCCUGGCCAUCACCGCCGCCCUUGGCCAGAAUCCCGGAUUCCGCGUCGUGGCGACCGGCCACUCUCUCGGCGGUGCUGUGGCCACCCUCGGCGCCGCCUACCUCCGGCAGCAGGGCCUGUCGGUCGAUCUCUACACGUACGGCGCGCCUCGCGUCGGCAACGAGGACUUUGCCAACUGGAUGACCAGCCAGCCGGGGGGCCAGUGGCGCGUCACCCACGACAACGACCCUGUCCCCCGCCUGCCCCCCAUCUUCUUCGGUUACAGACACCUCUCCCCCGAGUACUGGCUGGCAAACGGCCAGGAUGCGCAAAACGACUAUCCCAUCGGCCAGGUCCAGAAGUGCAUGGGAAUCGCAAACACCGCCUGCAACGGCGGCACUUUUGGUCUCGACGUCGUUGCGCACCUCCAUUAUCUGACAUACGUUUCCGCCUGCACCGGCUUCCCGCUCAAGUGGAAACGGGGCGAUCCUUCAGAUGAGGAACUCGAGCAGCGCCUCAACGCGUGGAGCCAGAAGGAUCAGGAUCUGACCAAGUAG